AGUUAUGAGUAGACUUCCUCUUCCUAAAUAAAUGCUUUCGAGCUCCCUCUUGUUCUGACGGACCAGCUCUCUAUCUCUCCGGAAUAAAAAAUUCAUCAUGAAGAUAACUGUCUUGGGAGGAAUUUAUUUCAUUGUUUCUUUAGGGCUUUGUGAGCUCGUUGCGGAGUACCCGAUGUGUCAUGAAGCGUCGAGCAACAUGUCUCGUUGCUGCAUGUUGUCACCAGUGGCACUGCGAUGUACUAAGGUCACGUGUCCAGUCAGAUAUUACCCUGUAUUCAACAGUUCCACGAGUACCGACUUUAAUACUUCACUAGAUGACAAUGAAGUCCCUGCACAAAAGGAAACAACUGUUACAUAUCAAGAAUCAAGUGGUACACUGGCCCCAUCAUUAAGUACAACUACACCUCAGUCAGUUUCCGAUGAAUCAAAGGAGGAAGUGUCGGCAAAUCAGUCAAAUUCAGAUGCAGCCUCUUUUAGACCUCUUACUUCUGAAGCCCCAAGACAUCUGGAAAAUAUAUCUCAGAAGGCUCCUCCGCUCGCUUUGAUGGCUGACGACAACUCGUCAGAAGUUCAGACUUUUCUUGAUUCAUCUGUGACAUCGCCUCAUGUCCUUUGCUUCUAGUGUCACGUGUCAUGUCUCACGUGCUCAGACAAGGGUCCUGAGCACUGCAUCUAUUGUGCUCCAGGCUUUGUCUGGAGGUCAACAAAAAAAACAGAAGGAUGCCAAACAGCUGAAAACAGCCUCUCAAAAGCUGAAAAUGCCGCUCUGUACCUCAUUGUAGCUUUUAUACCUAUACUUCUUAUUUUGGGUUUAUUCAUCAUGUACCACCGAAGAUGGACGCUCAAGUGUCAGUCAAGGUAUGAACAAGUUGGUAAAUAUGAACUGAUACGAUCUAAGUCACAAAUAUCCAGGAAAGACCCGUUAUCUCUCCCUUCUCCUGUUAUCAGUCCCCAGUGGCAAAUCUCAGAACAUUUUUCCUGGAGUGGAGGUGUUUUGAAAGUAGCCAGCUCUGGUGUUUGUCUGGAAGUAGGAGAAGGUGCUGUUAACAUUUCAGAUGUAGUCACUAUUUGUGGCGCAGUGUCAACAGAUCUCACCAACGCCUAUGACGUGCUUCCCUUGCCUGAAGACGAGAUCAUCGUCAGUCCAAUCGCUGAGUACUUCGCGGGGUUUCGAUUCCAAUUCGAAAAACCGGUGCGAAUAGUGCUGCCACACUUUCUGUCAUCUGAUCUCCCAGGCGACUUCGUUCGUGUGUACGAAUUUCAUUCUGAAAACGGACGAAUACAGUGCUGUCGGCUUCAGAUGAUCAACACGGAAGAUGAGAACCCUGAAACAACUGGAUAUUUGUUUUGUGGAAGUAAGAGAGAGAUUUAUGUCUUCACCAACCAUUUCAGCGGGUAUGUUUGUACAGUGUGUGAGGAAGCGUGCGUGGGUUACUACAAGCCUCCAGAAGUGACACUACGAGCUCUGGCCAAAUAUGUCCUCAGAUGUAAUGGGAAGAGAGAAGUUAUCGUGCGACUUGAUUUGUGGGAUAGUCGCUUCUUCUCUAUGGAUAUUCAACAGAGUCGUCAGAGGACAGAACGUCAGCACUGAAGAUCGUCAGAU